AUGAGUGAGAGAAACCUGGAAGAAGAGCAGCCCGCAGCUCCGAAAUGCACGCCCAACUACGACACUAGUGAUCCACUCCAGCAAGAGGUCACGCGCAUACUCCGAGGUUUCAAAAAUGACAUUCUCGGCAUCACAUUCCUAGGCAACGAUGGCGUCUUGCGCUCUUUGACAGCAGAUCGAAAAGUGCUAUCUGCAGAAGGCCUUAGCCCUGAACUCAUCGAAGCUUUUUUGGCUCGCUUCCCGGAAGAAUACAAGGCGAAGAUGACGGAUCCUGUGUUCGCGGAUGGCACCAAGACACCGAAGGAGAAGUGGUACGAGCCAGAUCCAGGGAGCCUGCCGGAGCCGUUGUCGCGGGAGGAGAUCGAAAAGGUCAAAAACCAACCAGAAGAGCUGAAGAACAUACUGCAGAAACGGUUGCAAGAGGACAAGAAGUGA